UUCUCCUCCCAUUACUCAAAAGUUUAUUUCUAGCUUCUGUUCAUCAGUAACACUAAGCAACAGUAUCAUACCUCUUUAAUCUGCCUUUUUUUGUUUUAUUUUGUAAGUUGGUACACAAAACCAAUAGCAGUAGUAAAAGCAACCAUUGUUUCCUGUCAACACUUGCCAGAACUAGGCAGAACUCAGCUAUGUUUCCUCUUUAGUAACCAGAUGCACUAACAAAACCUUUGAUGAUUUGGUAUUUUAUCCCUGUAUCUUCCCCUGGAAGCUCAAAUAUGAAAUAUGAUGCUGCUACAUGCCCUGCCCCACUACUAUAGAGAAAUUGAGGGAACUGAAAUCCUGUCAAGAAUCUUUGAGUCCAAUGAAGUACUAACUCCACUUCAAAUUCCUUCUUGUCCAACCAUCUCACAAGACAGAUAUAAAGAGUUCACGGAAUCCCUUCACUGCUGCAAGCUUCCCUGGGGAGCAGAAAGGGAGCAUGGAGGAAUUGUACUACCUGUACUGCCAGAAGACAACAGGGCAAAGGGUAAGUCUCCAUGUACAUUUGUUAAAGGACAUCAAACUUAUGGUAGUGGUGUAGACCCUUGGCCAAGAGGCCUUUUCACUGAGCAAUACUAUGAUGUCACUCAGCUUAAGUGAUCUGAUGUCCAUAUGGACCACUCCCUGGAUUUGCUUCAUAAACCACCAGAUAGUUUGGCUAAACUACUAUGCCUGCCAUUUCCCACCUCUCAUCCCUAUCAGACACACAUCUCUACGUAUGCCAUGAUCCCAAACUUCAGAUCACAUGAGGAUUUAGACACUGCGAUUGAUGCAAGCAGUCAUCAGCCUUUCCAUUCCAAUAUCCCUACCAAGGCUUUUGAUGUGGUUGUUCUGAGAAAGACCAGAGGUAAUCCAUACAGGCAUGAAGUUGUCCGUAUUCCCUCUGACUCCCAGAAGAAGGCUGUACACUGGCCGGGACAGCACACAUACUUCCAAGGACGUAGUUCAUAUGGAAAAAGAGCAAAAUCUUCCUAA